AUGGGACUUCUAUAUAGUACAAACCUGGGGAAGUGGAGAGUCACAAAUUUUUUGGAUGUGCAUAACCAUAAAUUUGUCUCUCCUUUGAAAAGGAUACAAUUGCGGCCUAAUCGAGACAUGCCGGAUGCAACAAAGAAUUUAACAGAGGUUUUCAAUAGGGAAAAUAUUCGAAUAGCAAAAGUUCCUUCAGUCUUUGGUGGGUCAAUUAUAAGUUUCGACAAAAGAAACUGUUAUAAUCAUUUACGCAUGAUCAGGCGUUAUGAGUUGGAAGUUGGAGAUGCUCAAUCAGUUCUCAAUUUUUUUCAGCGUAAGCAAAGAGAAAAUCCUCAAUUUUUCUACUCGGUUCAAGUUGAUGAAGAUGGAAGAGUAGUUAAUUUCUUUUGGGUAGAUGCUAGAUCGCGUAUGGCUUAUGAGCAUUUCGGUGACGUGGUUACAUUUGACACCACGUAUAUGACAAACAAGUAUCAAAUGCCAUUUGCACCAUUUACUGGAGUUAACCAUCACUACGGGUCCACACAGUUCGGGUGUGCACUUCUAUAA